GUGAUCGAUCCGGACUCGCCUCGAGCGGCGAAUUGGACCGACGAGGCCCAUGCCGUUGUUGUGCGGCAGGGAGGAGUGUCGGCCGACGAGGCGAUGAGGGCGACCAAGCUGCGGAUCAUUGCGCGCAACGGCGUCGGGACCGAGACGGUGCCGCUCGAAGCGUGCCGCGAGAAGGGUAUCGCCGUGACCAACCAGCCUGGCUCGAACGCCAAAGCCGUCGCCGAGCAAGCCCUCGUCCUCGCCAUCUCGGUCGCGCGCCGCACCGUCGAGUUUGACCGGCGCCUGCGUCGAGGAGAGCGCAUGCCGUCGAUCCACUGGCUCGCCGAGACGCUCGAGGGCAAGACGCUCGGCCUCGUCGGCAUGGGCGACAUCGCGCGCGAGUUUGCCAAAAAGGCGGUCGGCGCGUUCGACAUGAAGGUCCUCGUCUACUCGCCGACCUCGUACCCGACCAAGUGGACCUCGUCCGACGUCUCGUCCGAGCACGCGCCAAUCCCGCACCGCCGCGUCUCGUCCCUCGACGAGCUCCUCGCCGAGUCCGACGUCGUGAGUCUCCACUGCCCGCUCAACGACGCGACGCGCAACCUCAUGAGCACGGCCGAGUUUGCGCGCAUGAAGCCCUCGGCCAUCCUGAUCAACACGGGGCGCGGCGGCCUCGUCGACGAGCCGGCUCUGAUCGACGCCCUCGAGCGCAACGAGAUCUACGGCGCCGGCCUCGACGUCCUCGCGCACGAGCCGGCGACACUCGAGCGGUACGAGCGCCUGUUCCGGCUCGAGAACGUCGUCGUGUCGCCGCAUGCCGGCGCAGGGACGCACCAGGUCCAGGUCGACAGCUGCGUCGUCGCUGUCGAGACGUGUGCGAGCUACCUGAGGGGCGAGGGCAUCGGCAAGAGCAAGAGGGUCGUAUGACCGGCAGAAGCGCGUUCAAAGGACUUGGACGACGUAGAGCUAGAGGUGCGAGGGCGAGCAACUAGAUUCCCUCUUCUCGGU